AUGGCAGAUAGUAAACAUAAAAAAAGUUCGAAGCGUUCGCCAGCACGUCACUCCUCAGAUUCCAGAAGUCCAGGAAGUCAAGAAGCUGUGAGUCGCUCAAGGGGUAGAACACCCAGAAACGAAGGUGGGUCAGACGCUGCAGAGAAGGAGGAGAUUGCCAAACAUUUGGUAAAGUGUGACUAUUACUUUGGUAUUACACCUCGAGAGGAGAUCGAAGGCUUUCUCAAGAAUGACGGUGAUUUUCUUGUCAGAAGGGUAGGUUUAAAUUUUGUUUAAAUUGUUUUAUCUUUAUGUUAAAGUAUAAUAAUAAAAAAUUUGGUGUAGUAAUGUGAAUACCACAUAAAAAUCACGAUUUUUCUGGUGAUAAACUUGCAGAAUUGUUUCUUAUAGUAGAUAUUGCAGAUCAAGUUUACAAACCUAUAUUUCAGACAGAAACAGCCAAGACCAACCUGGUCCGAAUCACCCUCAGCCUGAUCUUCGAUGGUCAUUAUCGACACCUCGGAUUCAAGCACGAUGCUGACGGUUGGAGUGUGUGUUUCCAGAAGUACCCCUCCAUACCUGAACUGAUUGAGAAGUCGAUAAAAGGGAAGAUGUUCGUUAACAAUGAAAGAAACUACAUCAAGACACCUAUUACUCGUCCUGAAUUCUACAUUUUCCAUGACAACAUUACACUGGGAAAAGAGAUGGGCAGUGGUGCAUUUGGUACCGUGAACAAAGGAACAUGGAAAAGGAAUGAUGACACUAUUGAAGUCGCCAUCAAAACACUGAAGGGAAAUGUGGACAGAAAGACAAAACACGGUUUUGUGAAGGAAGCCAAACUGAUGGUCAUGUUCAAGAACGCCAAAAACAUUGUCACGAUGCAUGGAAUUGCGAUUCAGGUACAUUAACUUAUCGUUUAAUAUCUAACAGUCUUUUUUAGUCGAAAUGGCCAUUGAUGUUUCUCAUUAUUGCUUUUUAUUAAAGAAGCUAUUAUCGUUCUGAUCUACAAUAACUCAUUUUUGUCACUUUAACUAUAAUUUGUUGGCAUUUUGUGAAUUAUUCAAGUUUUUCAGCAAGAACCUCUGAUGAUUAUAUUGGAAUUGUGUCCUGGUGGAUGUUUGCACAACAAACUAAAUGCAAACCCGAAUAUAGAAGUCAGUCAGUUGGUAAGAUACGCAAAAGAUGCUGUAAGUGGGUUGUGCUAUUUGGCUGUUCGAAAGGUAAGACUUUGAAAAAUGAUUGUACUAGUACUAUCUUAGUGUGGCAUUGUUAAUUUGCUUUUUUGUGAAAAAGUCUGGCAAAAAAAAUUUUUUUUAAGUAUAAUUAUAAAGUCAUUUUAAUAAAAUUUUAAAUUUAGGUGAUUCACCGUGACGUAGCUGCUCGAAACUGCUUGUUAGGACCAAACGAUGAAGUGAAAAUCAGUGACUUUGGAUUGUCGGUGAAAGGUGAUUCGUUGAAACAUAUAAAAGGAACAAAGUUGCCUGUGAAGUGGAUAGCACCAGAGAUAUUCAAGACCGGGUUGUUCACUCAGAAGAGCGACAUCUGGGCCUUUGGAAUCAUGUUGUGGGAGAUUUUCAGUCACUGUCAAACCGAACCUUUCCCAAGUCUGACAAACAAGAAGGCCAAGGAAAAGGUAUUGAGCGGAGUGCAGCCAAUGGAUCCACCCGAGAUUACUCCAAAGGAUAUUCAGGAGGUCAUGAAGAAGUGCUGGACAUUUGUAAGGUUUUAUAUUGUUUACGGGGUUUAGAAAGUCAAGGUUUUUGGGGUUUUCAUUAAGGGGAGGGAAUUCACCUGCCGAAUAUUUUGGAAUCAUGCGCGGGUUAUCAUUUCUUAUUCGGAGGCAAAAGUAAUACUGAUUUGCAAUUUACAAUGACUAAAUCUACAAUUUUAGGACGCCGAAAAACGACCGGACUUUGAGGAAGUGUUUAAAAUUAUGUGCCCCGACGAACCCAGCCAAUUCGAUGAUGAUGCCAGGACAACUGCCAAUAUUGUCGAAAAAGUCAUGCCAAAGUUUGUUACCUCCGUCUACCUUCCCAGUCCCGGCUGUUAUUGA